ACAUGUCUCUUUGGAGGAUGAAAUAUGGUGGCGGCAAUGUUAUGGAGUUUCCGCUACUCUUUCGCUUUCAUGCCAUAGGUUAUUCGGCUAGCAGAAGUGCUAAGUUAGCUCUGUGCUAGGCCGCCAGCAGCAGAGCUGCCGAGGUCAAACUACACUUCUUUUGGGAAGAAAGCGAAUAAAACCCCUGUAUGCAUCUGAAUGAAAGUAAUUAAAAUCUCAGAAAUAUGGUGGUUCUCAAAAUUCGAGACCAGCCUCCUCUGCUGAAAGCUAUCUUCAAUGUGGACCCAGAUGAAGUACGCUCACUCAUAUUCAAAAAGGAGGAUGUGAAUGCACAGGACAAUGAGAAGCGAACGACAUUACAUGCUGCUGCCUACCUUGGUGACGCAGAAAUAAUAGAACUGCUGAUUCUUUCAGGUGGCAGAGUAAAUGCCAAAGAUAACAAGUGGCUUACACCUCUGCAUCGGGCUGUGGCCUCCUGCAGUGAGGAAGCUGUCCAGGUUUUGCUGAAACACUCUGCAGAUGUAAACGCCCGCGAUAAGAACUGGCAGACGCCACUGCACAUCGCUGCAGCCAACAAGGCUGUGCGCUGUGCCGAAGCCCUGGUCCCCCAGCUCAGCAAUGUGAAUGUAUCCGAUAGAGCGGGUCGUACUGCGCUGCACCAUGCUGCGUUCAGUGGUCAUGUGGAGAUGGUGAGACUCUUGCUCUCCAGAGGUGCAAACAUAAAUGCCUUUGACAAGAAGGACCGCCGUGCGAUCCACUGGGCAGCCUACAUGGGACACAUAGAAGUGGUGAAGCUGCUGGCCUCACAUGGAGCCGAGGUGGCCUGCAAAGAUAAGAAAUCCUACACACCCCUACACGCUGCAGCCUCCAGUGGAAUGAUUAGUGUUGUCAAAUACCUCCUGGACCUGGGGGUGGAUAUUAAUGAGCCUAAUGCAUACGGGAACACACCCCUCCACGUGGCCUGCUACAAUGGACAGGACGUGGUGGUUAACGAGCUCAUCGAGUGUGGAGCAAAUGUCAACCAGGUGAAUGAGAAGGGCUUUGCACCUCUUCAUUUCACAGCCGCCUCUCGUCAAGGUGCGCUCUGUCUUGAACUGCUGGUUUGCAACGGAGCUGACGUCAACAUUAAGAGUAAAGAUGGUAAGACUCCUCUCCACAUGACGGCCAUCCACGGGAGGUUUUGUCGUUCUCAGGCAAUAAUUGAAAAUGGUGCUGAGAUUGACUGUGAAGACAAAAACGGCAACACACCGCUGCACAUUGCGGCCCGAUAUGGACACGAGCUCCUCAUCAACACGCUAAUCACCAACAGAGCUGACACAGCGAAACGAGGCAUACACGGUAUGUUUCCACUGCAUUUGGCUGCUCUCAGUGGAUUCUCUGACUGCUGCCGAAAACUCCUCUCAUCAGGCUUUGAUAUUGACACUCCUGAUGACUUUGGAAGGACCUGUUUACAUGCUGCAGCUGCUGGAGGAAACCUGGAAUGUCUCAAUCUUCUUCUCAACACGGGUGCAGACUUCAACAGAAAGGACAGUUUUGGCAGGACCCCUCUGCACUAUGCUGCCGCCAACUGUAACCACCAGUGCCUGUUUGCUUUGGUGGGCUCCGGGGCCAGCGUCAAUGACUUGGACGAACGCGGCUGCACUCCACUACACUAUGCUGCUGCCUCCGACACAGACGGAAAGUGCCUGGAAUAUUUACUACGAAAUGAUGCAAAUCCAGGGAUCCGUGACAAUCAAGGCUACAACGCUGUGCACUACGCCUCAGCAUAUGGACAUCGCCUAUGUUUGGAACUGAUUGCAAGUGAAACGCCUCUAGAUGUGCUCAUGGAAACCUCAGGGACAGACAUCCUAAAUGAUGCUGACGUCAGACCUCCUGUCAGCCCGCUGCACCUUGCUGCGUACCACGGUCACCACCAAGCGAUGGAGGUUCUGGUUCAGUCUCUGUUGGAUCUUGAUGUGAGAAACAGUCAAGGCCGCACCCCAUUAGACCUGGCUGCCUUCAAGGGUCAUGUGGAGUGUGUGGACGUUCUGAUCAACCAAGGAGCCUCUAUUCUAGUCAAAGAUUUCACGCUAAAGCGAACACCAAUCCACGCAGCAGCUACAAAUGGUCACUCAGAGUGUUUGCGUUUGCUGAUUGGAAAUGCUGACCUUUUAAGUGCAGUAGAUGUUCAGGAUGGAAACGGACAAACCCCCCUGAUGCUGUCUGUCCUGAGUGGACACACUGACUGUGUGUAUUCUCUCUUGAGUAAAGGAGCUAAUGUAGAAGCCAAAGACAAGUGGGGGAGGACGGCACUGCAUAGAGGAUCGGUGACCGGUCAUUCAGAAUGUGUAGAAGCUUUACUGCAGCACCGAGCCAACAUUCUGACCCGUGACUGUAAAGGGCGAACACCAGUCCACCUGGCAGCAGCAUGUGGACACACAGGCGUACUGGGAGGGCUACUGCAUGCUGCCCAGUCUGUGGAAACGCUCCCGGUACUAACAGACAACCAAGGCUACACCCCACUCCACUGGGCCUGCUACAACGGUCAUGAUACAUGUGUGGAGGCUUUGUUAGAACAAGAAAUCUUUCACAAGGCUGAGGGCAACUCCUUCAGCCCCCUCCACUGUGCUGUGAUCCAUGACAAUGAAAGUGCAGCAGAGAUGUUGAUCGACACUCUGGGCUCUGCUAUUGUCAAUGCCAAAGACAGUAAAAACAGGACACCUCUUCAUGCAGCAGCCUUCACUGAUCAGGUGGAGUGUCUCCAGCUGCUGCUGAGCCACAAUAGUCAGGUCAACAGUGUUGACGUCACUGGGAAGACCUCUCUAAUGAUGGCAGCGGAGAAUGGCCAGACCAAUGCUGUUGAGCUGCUAGUUAGCAGUGCAAAAGCUGAUCUAACUCUACAGGAUGCUGUGAAGAACACUGCACUUCAUUUGGCCUGCAGUAAGGGUCAUGAAACCAGUGCCUUGUUGAUAUUGGAAAAGAUUACAGACAGAAACCUCAUUAACGCCACUAAUGCUGCCUUACAGACGCCUCUUCAUGUGGCUGCAAGAAAUGGGCUGACUGUGGUGGUGCAGGAGCUGCUGGCAAAGGGAGCCAGUGUACUGGCAGUGGAUGAAAAUGGUUACACACCAGCCUUGGCUUGUGCUCCCAACAAAGAUGUGGCUGACUGCCUUGCCCUCAUUCUGGCCACCAUGAUGCCCGUGUCCCCCUGCACCCCGGCACCUUCCCUCCCUUUCAGUGCCAUUAACCACUACACCACCAGCCCCCCGGUGCUGCGUGGUGAGCACACUACAUACUGCAGCUUCAACAACAUCAGCCACCACGAAGGCUUCUACAGGGACGAAGAGCUGAACGAUUCUGAUUCAGAGACAUACUGAUGGACAGCAGGAAGAAAUAAAAACACACACUGUGUCUUAGAAAUCACCCACCGCCAGCUUGGGAGGGCAGAAGACGAGGAGAGCACACACAGGAGCCUUACGAGUCUCAGAGUUGAGAGCAAAAAAGUGUGGAGGCGCAGCAGGCUGACCCAGACUCAUCCUGACCCUGACCCAGUGCCGGGUGUCCUUCCAGCCGAUACGGGACCUCAGUAUCCAUUGCUCUACUGACACUGAGUUCUUGAGUGCUUAAACCUAUGCUUUUUGUGCGGACGGCAAACUUUGUAUGGCAAUAACAUGCUGAGGAGAAGUGGUAGCACUUCAGCGAGCUAAACUGAUAGGGACCAAAAGACACAGAAGCAUUUUAACUCUGUUUUAACUGUAAAUGAGGUUAAGAAUGUUUUGAAUCUGGUUGUUUGGGGUGCGGGACAAAUAAGUUUUAAAUUUUUUUUGUUGCUGUUUUUGGAAAAAGUUAUAAACAUUUACAUUUGUCAGAUCACUUCAAAUCUGUAAGUUGUACAGAGCAAAAGUCAUUUAUUUUUCGAGUGCAAAAUUUUAAUAUACACAUUUUCACGUCUUAAACUCUAUCCUUGAGAAAAACUGAUUCUUCUCACUGAAGUAAAUUAAGGAAAGGUUUUUUGUGCAACAGAUUUAAGUUGAUCAUCCUUAUCUUUGUAUAUUGACCUGUCUAUUACGGUUUAGUCUUUCGAGAAUAAAUUAUUUGUGUACUUUCAGUUCCUCUUUAUGUGUUUAUUUGGUGCCUUCAGUUACUGAGCAAAAAGGUAUUUUUGCUAAUGCAGCUGUGGCAGUACAGUGAUGCAGACUCUCGGUUAGUUAUGAAAAAAUGUUAAAAGCUUUGAUCCAAAUUUUAAGGCUUAGCUUUGUAAGAAACACUGUAAACCAAUGAUGUGACAGCCUUUGAUGAUCUUUAGUUUUGAUUGUGUUUGUUGACAGAUUUGGUUUGAGCUUUGAAAAAUCAAACCACUAGCUCUACCCUUCAAAAUCCGCUUUCUGUUAAAAAUCCUUCAUCAAAAAGAGAAAAGAAAAUGGCUAGCUUAAUUGAAAUUAUUUUCCUUGCUUUUCCUUGGAAUUUAACUUGUAUAUGGAAAUGUAACUGUGAAUUUAAGGCUCCAGUGAACUAUUUGAUUACUGAGAUGACUGUAUAUUUUCUGAGGAAUAAAGAAUUGCGUUGCUUGAUA